AUGAGUUAAUCUUAUAAAGAGUAUUGGAAGAUGUUAAUGGAAGAUCAAAGAAAAGUUUAAUCAAUUUGUGGAACUAUAGAACUCACAUUCUAAUUUACAAAUGAAAAUGAACUAUAAUAUAAUGUGGAGGAUUGCCAGAUAGAAUAUGAUUAAUUAUUAGAAGAUGAAAUGUAGAAUUAUGAUGGUCCAGAUGAUUUGAAUAUUAAUUAUUAUUAUUCUAAUGAAAAAGGAGAAGAAGUAAAAAUAGAUAUAGAAAACUAUGAGAUAGAUGAUAUUUCAGACCUUAAUGAUUAAAAUGAUUCAUUAGAAGAAGGUAAUUCAUUAUUUGAUGUUUCAUGUAUAAUGAUAAGUCCAAAUCAUUAAUUUAUUUUAAUAUGUGUAAAUGUUUAAAUUUUAAGAAAAAAAGAAUCACAAAGACUUAUUAUUAUAGAUAUUUACAAUCAUAAGAUAUAAAAAUUAUUUUAUAGAUCUAAUUUUUUAGGAGAUACAAAUCCAUAAUUCUCUAAAGAUGGUAAUUUUGCAUUAAUAAAUAUUACAAAUGAUACUGAAUAAUCAAUAUCAAAAUGUUUGUUUUUGGAUCUUAAAAAUAGAAUUUAAAAAGUUUUAUACUUUUAAACUAAUUAACCAAUUUUAAGAAUAGAAUAUGAUGAUUAAUCUAAUUGCUUUUUUUAUAUAACACAUUUAGGUACAAUAUAUUAAUAACCAUUUAAUUUUGAAAAUUACAAUAUCGAUAGGUCAAAAAGAUAGAAAUAUAAAAUUAAUUAAAAAUUCUAUUAAUUUCUUGAAAAUCAUGAUACUCAUCUUUAUAUACUUGUUGAUUAUUUUGCAUUAAUUGUUAAUUAAAAAGGUUAAUAUAUUAUAACCAGAAUAAAAAAAAAUUGUAAAAUUAUAAAAAAUUACAUUUUUGAAAAUUAUUAUCCAAAAUUCAUAUCUAAAAAGCCUGUUUAUGUUGUGGCAGCAGAUCCUAAAGAACAAACAUUUCUUUUAAUUAAUAUAUCAAUAGGAAAAUUAAUUAGAAAGAAACAUCUUACUUAGUAAUUUUAAAAGUCUAAUUAUUAUUAUGAUUCAUAAAAUCAAUCUUAUCAUUUUUCUUAUUAAAUUAAUUGUCUUACAUAAGGGCAAGGUGAUAAUGAAGAUAAUAUUAACUAAGAAUAAAGAAGAAAAUGGAUGAUUUUUGAUUUUAUUAGAGGAAUUUAAAAAUAAGUUAAUUAAACUUGGUUAACUUAAGAAUAAAUAAAGACAAAUUUAUUUACAAAUAAAAUAGUAAUACAAAAUUAUCAAAAUAAAAUCAGUUUUUAGUUGAAACUUUGA